CUUUUCAGCACAUAUCGAGCAAAACCUCCCGCGGUGUCGAGGCGGAAAAAAGGCAGGAAAAUCGAAGAAAAUCGCAGGAAAAAUCGAAAAGGGCCGUGUUGUGCGGGAAAAAUGGACUCCCUUCUGCGUAACUACGCGGACUCGGAUCAGGAAGAAUCGCAGGAUGUCGAGGCAAAGCGGGAACCGACCGCAUCCCCAACCGGAUCGUCGAGCGCGUCCUCCUCGGAGUCGUCGGAGUCGCAGACAGCGAAAAGAAAAAGAGCCAGGAGCUCCGGUCACCCGCGUGAGAAGCCAGCAGCGACGAAACCGAAACCGAAGACCGCGAAGUCCCGGAAGCGGCGACACCCGCAGAAUGAGAAAUCAUCAUCCUCUGGCUCGGCGUCUUCAUCUUCGUCAUCUUCCUCCUCCGAUGACGAUGCACACGGUUCUUCAUCGUCCGAUUCGGAUUCCGGAUCGGCUUCUGGUUCUAGGAAAUCUCGUCGCUCCCACAGCAGCCCGCUGAAAGGAGGAAGCAAAAAUGGAACGAAGGAUAAAAAAUCAUCCAACGAUGCUAAAAUCGAGAGCAGUAGCCGGAACCGAAAAUCUCCUACACCGCCAUCAUCGAGUCAAAGUCGGCGUCGUCGUCAGUCAUCACCCGGUGGUAACAGAAACAAAAGCAAGAGUCCAUCAAAGCCAUCACAGCAUGACAGGAGAAGGUCUUCUCCGGUGCAGAAACCGUCCGCUAGUCGACGACGCGAUCGCAGUGCUUCCCGCGAGCGAGAUCGUAAAACCCGUGAACGGGACCGUGACCGGGAGCGUAGUAACCGCAACCGGGAACGCAGCCGUGAUCGUGACCGGGAGCGCGAGCGAGAACGCGAAAGAGAUCGUGAGAGGGAGCGCGAGCGUGAGCGUGAGCGGGACCGAGACCGGGACCGUAACCGGGAUAAGGAGCGGCACAGCAAUAAUCGUAAUCGCAACAACUAUGAUCGAGAUGAUGAUCGCGAUCGUCGUGACAACCGUAAUGACACCGCUUCGGCUCGCCGUAGCGGUGGCAAAUGGAGCAAUAAUCGGAACGAUGAUCGACGAGGAGGAGGAGAUGGAGGUGGUGGUAACCGUAGCUAUGAUCGUAGAGACGAUCGACGGGGUGAUAAACGGGGCGAUGAAUACGACAAAGAUCGUCGUAGAAGUCGCCGGUCGAACUCACGGGACUCCCGCAACACCCGCCGGUCGCGUCAGUCUCCGGAAGAAAGGGGACGCGGUGGCCGUAGCUCGCGAUCACGCUCGAGAUCCCGUUCCAGAUCCCGAUCGUCUCCGCCGACUCGCUCGAUCGGCAGAACCCCUGUGCUACCGGCCACUUCUGUUACGCCAGGAAGUGGUGGUGGUGGUCUGCUACCGACACCCACCCGGUUCUUUGAUCCGAUGCUACCCAAACCACUCACAUCAUUGCUUCCUACACCACCCGCAGCUCAAGCCCUGUUGGGGGGGAUCGGUGUUGGGGGUGUAAGCGCUACCGCUGGGAUACCAUCGCUCAUGAGCAUCCCCACAAAUCCUCCGCCAUUGUUGAACUCUCUGAUACCGGCUGCCGUGGCGGCCAAACUAAAUCUCUCCAAUGAAGCGAACAAGCAACCAUUGCAACCGCUACAGUCACUGGUCAGCAGCACGGCUUCACUCGAUGCAGUAGUCAGUAAUGCGGCCAGUACAAUUCUGUCGCGUACUGCGCUGCUCCGCAAUAACGCCAAGGCGGCUCAGCUCGAGAAGAUGGGCAUCGAUGUGUUGCAGCAAAGCCAAAAGGCUGUCGAUAGUGUGCCACUUCCUUCGUACUACAACCCGGGUGUAGUGAAUCCGGUACGGUACGCCGAUCAGGUGCAGAAGCGCAAAUUACUCUGGAGCCAUAAAUCGACCGAGAGCAAAGAAGUGUCAUCCAAUAUUAGCAAAUGGGAGCAGGCCAAGUUCGCCCAGGAUACCGAUGGUAAGGUGGCUUCCAAGUUCCUGAGACUCAUGGGUGUGAAAGAUGCUCAGCCAAAGGCGGGUGAGGAAGGAACUGCCGGUGGUGGUGGUGGUGGUGGUAUCAUGCCAUCCUCCUCGUCCAUCUCUUCCACGUCACAAUCGGUACCGCAUGGUGGUCAGUCGGCAGCAGGUGACGGCAGUACGGCGAGCGGUGGUGCUAGUGCCACUCCAGCCAGCGCCGGUAAACCGCUGACGGGAGAUAGUAUUAAGAAGCAAGAGGAGCUAUUCUCUACCAUGGAACAACAGUACGAGGUGGCCCGACAAGUGACACAUACGAUGCGAGGUGUUGGAUUAGGCUUCAGCUCGCAGGCUCGUCAAUUUUAAGCUGAUAACAAAGGCAUGUCCGUGCGAUUAAUGAUACAACGUAAGGCCAUCGGUUCAAACCGCGUAGAAUUAUCGGGGCGACGCAUUAAACUUCUGUCGAAGAUGAAAGAGAGAUGUACGUAGCCAUUAAUGUGUGUCGCGAGAGUAGAACGCGAGUAGUAUGGUCACAUGUUGAAUGAUGAAAUAUAAACCCAAAUCAAGUCCCCACAACGCUUGG